AACAAAGACCAUGAAAGACUUCUUGAGGCAUCCCCAUCAACCACUAAUAACCCUCUUGGUGGCAUCAUUGAGGAGGGAACGGCACGCGUGAAAUACCAUUGCCCGAAAGGGUUGCGUUUUUGCCAAAUUAGACAUCUCGCGAGAUUACUAAACUGCCCAUCUUGCGAGGUGCGCAGCGAUGAUCAACACGUUGGAUCACAAGUGAUAGCCAAGAGCUGUGAUAUUGCUGCUGCCAAUAAGUGUAAACUAUGGACACGGAUACGGUUGAUUGAUUUGAAACGUCUUGCACGAGCCCUCAACUCCGCGCCAAAAGGCCUAGCCAAGAAGACCAUUUCGGCAUUGGAUUCGCCCUGUGACAGAGAGCGGUAAAAUCAUUGAGAAGAUGAGCAUUUACACUCAAGUUUCUUGACACAUAUAUAUAUAUAUACACAUACACUCUAAACUUUUGCAGAGUAUUAACCAUUUUUCCUCCCUUUCCAUGCUUUACAUUUGUUAUACAAAGAUGACACACACCAAUUUGUUUUCCUCCGGCCGAUAGCCAAUGACUAAUCCUCAGUCCCUACGUCAUGAGGGAUUGUAUUCUUCAUGGGAUAUGUCUUGUGGAGCAUCACACAAUGGUUAUGGUUACACAAGUCCUAGAAACACAGUUGUGGAGGCUGCUAAAACUAUGGAAGGUUCCAUGGUGUUGCAGAGGUUUCUGGAUGAGGGAAAUCAUGUUCUCAGGCAACAGAUUUUCAAGGGUAUUCUUGCCAACCUCUUUGAGGUCAUGACUAAUGAAUUUGCACACCAUCUCUUCCGGAAGCUUCUAGAAGAUUGCGAGUCAAGAGAACUUCAAACCAUCGUCUUCACAUUGUGUUCGCAUGACCACCUGUUUGUAGAGUCAGAAAUACGGAACCUGAUCAAGAAACUGAAAAGGCACUACGUGGUUCAGCAUGUACUUACCUUGAAAGAGGAAAAUAUCUCGCGGGCCAUAUGCAUUCGUCUGGAGAGACAUUACAUGCACUUGGCUCAGAGAAUGGGCGGCAGCCAUGUAGUGGAGAACUGCAUGAAAUCAUCAGAGUUUGGAAUGGAAUCUGUUGUUAGAACUCUCCUGCAGAGGGAAAAGGCACUCCUUCACCUUGCAUCAGAUAAGUUCGGAAACUAUGUUGUCCAGAAAGCUUUAGAGGUUACAAAGCAAGAUAAUAAGAAACUCUACGAGUCUCUUGUCAUGGUUCUCAUAACAAAAAAACCGUCUCUUUCGGGUAAUGUGAUUGGAAGACAUGUGGUUAAUAUGAUCAAGCGGCUGGAGGACAACAAUGUAUAGAACUGAUCCCAUGGUUCAGAAGAGAAUCUACAUAUGUACCUUUGUAUUUUUGUCUAUGAAGAUGAACAGAGAGCAGUUUGAUUUUGAAUGCAGCAAAAGCAUUAUGUUAUUGUAUUUUAAUGUAUCUUUGGUACAGCGUAAAACUUCCCUUAGUUAUUAUUGCCCGGUUUGAUCGGACACAGAAGUUGGAAAGAUAUAAGUUGUGUUAAGUUUAUUAGAAGACUAGGAAAAUCUGUGAAGCACAUAUUACAAAGAAGAAAUUAGUUGGUGAUUU